AUGUUCUACCAAGGCCUUAAUUACGAUACGCAGGAGAGAUUGGAUGUGAAUGCAGGAGGCGAUCUAGGAACGAAGACGCCGAAUGAAGCUUAUGCUAUCAUAGAGAAGGCUGCAUUGAAGUCUAGUUCGCAUCGUGAAGGAGAGAGAGGUCGGACAUCAUCAUCAUCAUCUCGCCCAGGAGUUCACGUGGUGGACGACUACACAACAAUUACUGCACAAAUCUCAGCUCUUUCGGUGAAGUUUGAUAAGUUCCAGAUGGCUGCGCAAGCUAGCUCAGGAUGUGACCAGUGCGGAGUGUCACACGAGCUUGGUGCAUGUUUUCAGGGAGUUGUAUAUGAGGGCCAAGAAGAAGUGGAUUUUGUGAGUAAUCAGGUGAGGCCGCAGAACAACCCGUACAACAAUACCUACAACCCGGGUUGGAGGAAUCACCCAAAUUUUGGGUGGCGAGUGAAUGUGGGUAAUCAGAACCCACUAGGAUUUGCCCAGCGCGCUCCAGCGCCGCAGCAGGCUCACGGUCAGCAAUUCCAGUCAUACAACCAAUCUUUCCAGCCUCGUCCAUACUCAUAUCAGAAUCAGGGCACAGGGAGUAGUCCCCAGCAGCAAGCCCCUCAGUCAAGUUCUAAGCUGGAGGAAAUGAUAGCUCAGCUUCUUAGUAGCUCCACGAGUGCAAAUCAAUUGGCUGAAAAACGAUAUCAACAAAGCGAAGAUCGUUUUCUAGUUCAUGAGGGAGAAAUUAGGAGUCAAAAAGCAUCAAUUCAGAAUAUCGAGAACCAGGUUGGUCAGCUGAUGAAGAUGAUGUUGGAGAGACCCCCAGGUGGUCUUCCAGGUAACACAGAGCCAAAUCCGCGCGGGCACGUAAAUGCGGUUAUGACUAGGAGUGGCAAGACGACAAGACCCAACAUAUCGGACUCACCACCGAUCACUGAAGCGGUCCCGACUGAUACACCGGAUGAGGUGUAA